CCAUGCCGGGCUCUGUGCAGGUGUGGGAGGGGCGCUGGCGGGUGAUCCCCUACGAGGUGCUGCCCGACUGGCUCAAGGACAACGAUUACCUCCUGCACGGCCACCGGCCCCCCAUGCCCUCCUUCCGCGCCUGCUUCCGCAGCAUCUUCCGCAUCCACACCGAGACCGGCAACAUCUGGACACACCUGCUGGGGUUCGUGCUGUUCCUGUGCCUGGGCAUCCUGACCAUGCUGCGGCCCAACAUGUACUUCAUGGCGCCGCUGCAGGAGAAGGUCGUGUUCGGGAUGUUCUUCCUGGGGGCCGUGCUCUGCCUCAGCUUCUCCUGGCUCUUCCACACCGUCUACUGCCACUCCGAGAAGGUUUCCCGCACCUUCUCCAAGUUGGAUUAUUCGGGAAUUGCACUGCUGAUCAUGGGCAGCUUCGUCCCGUGGCUCUACUACUCCUUCUACUGCUCCCCCCAGCCGAGACUCAUCUACCUCUCCAUCGUCUGUGUCCUGGGAAUCUCCGCCAUCAUCGUGGCUCAGUGGGACCGGUUCGCCACCCCCAAGCACCGGCAGACACGGGCAGGGGUGUUCCUGGGGCUGGGGCUGAGCGGGGUGGUGCCCACCAUGCACUUCACCAUCGCCGAGGGCUUCGUGAAGGCCACCACGGUGGGGCAGAUGGGCUGGUUCUUCCUCAUGGCCGUCAUGUACAUCACGGGCGCCGCGCUGUACGCUGCCCGCAUCCCAGAGCGCUUCUUCCCGGGAAAGUUCGACAUCUGGUUCCAGUCCCAUCAGAUCUUCCACGUGCUGGUGGUGGCCGCGGCCUUCGUGCACUUCUACGGCGUGUCCAACCUGCAGGAGUUCCGCUACGGGCUCGAGGGGGGCUGCACGGACGACUCCCUGCUCUGAGGCACCGCCUGCUUUUAGCCCGAGCUUUCCUCAAGUGCUUUUUAAACUCUUUUUUGUCUCUGCUCAAACCCAAGGAAGACUCAAAAACCGGGUU